AUGAACGUCCGAUAUGCAUCACUUGCACGCGUCUUCACUCACUCCCAGCCCAUCUGUCGUACUCCACGAGCCUGUAUUGUCGCCAAAUGGCUGCGACGUCGCGGACUCUCAACGGCACCUUCGGCGCAGCCAGAAGCGGUUCCGUUGCGGAAACACCUAAAAGAGGAGGCCAAGAAGAAGAAGGCGCAGAAUAAGAGCAAUGGCAAGGUGCAGGAGCAUUCAGAGCCGUCGAAAUGGGAGCUUACGGUGGGCAUCGAAAUCCAUGCGGAGUUGAAUACGGCGUGCAAGCUCUUCUCCAGCGCUCCCGCUUCUGUGGAAGAUGGCGAGGACGCUGCGAACAGCAGAGUUGCUCUGUUCGACGCCGCAUUGCCAGGAACACAGCCUCAAUUUCAGCGGGCUACUCUACUUCCCGCUCUGAGAGCCGCGAUCGCGCUUGGAUGUGAGGUUCAGGGAAAGAGUGGUUGGGACAGGAAGCACUACUUUCACUGGGAUCAACCUAACGGAUACCAGAUCACGCAGUACUACGAUCCGUUUGCAAAGUGCGGAACCCUCGCUUUGACGGCAGAGGACGGAGUGCCAUCCUCAGAUCUCAAUGGCGCCGAAAGCCUCAAUAUUGGGAUCAAACAGAUUCAAAUGGAACAAGAUACUGCGAAAACGACCUCACAUCCUCCUUCGUCCUACCAUAUCGAUCUCAACCGAGCCGGGCACCCUCUGAUCGAGAUCAUUACACUUCCUCACAUUCACUCACCACAGACUGCUGCAGCGGUAGUUCGGAAGGUUCAAGCUGUUCUGAAGAGCGUGGAUGCAUGUGUGACGGGUAUGGAGCUGGGUGGUCUGAGGGCAGAUGUCAACGUGUCGAUCCGCGAACGAGGGACAAGCGGGCUGUCUUCGUACAGUGGCGUGAGUGGACUUGGGCAGAGGACCGAGAUCAAGAACUUGUCUUCGUUCAAGGCUGUGGAGGAUGCAAUAGUGGCAGAGCGGGAUCGUCAGAUAUCUGUACUGGAAUCCGGAGGCGCCAUUGAAGGAGAGACCAGAGGAUGGACGCUCGGUGCAACAGAGACUACGAGGCUGCGAGGGAAAGAAGGGGAAGUGGACUACAGGUACAUGCCAGAUGCUGAUUUGCCGCCACUCUUCAUCGGGAAAGAUCUGGUAGAGCACUUGAGGACGACGCUGCCUGAGCUACCGAACGAGACUGUGGAACGAGUGCAGAGGCAAUAUGGUCUCAGUUUGAAGGAUGCAAAGACAAUCGUGAGUCUCGACGAUGGGGAUCGUUUGGAGUUCAUGGAAGAGACUGUCGAGGUUCUGAAAGGAGGACUGUCAGGCUCGGAUCAGAUCAAGCUGGGCAAAACCGUUGGCAACUGGGUAUUGCACGAACUCGGUGGUCUCAUCAGUGAUGAAUCUCGAUCGUGGGAUGAGAUGCCUGUCACAACUCAAGAGCUGGCCGAUCUUAUCAGAAACUUGCAACAGAAGCAGAUCACUGCACGUGUGGCCAAACACCUGCUCGCAAUCCUACACGAUACUUCAUCUUCAAUCAAGCGACCGUCUGUGGAGCAGCUGACCGUCGAUGGAAACCUCCGUCUGCGACCACUGUCAGAAGACGAGUACGAAGCGCUGGCCAAGGAGAUCAUGGACGAGAAUCCAGAGAUGGUGGCCGCCGUGAAGGAUAAAGGCCAGAAGGGUAAGGCGAUGUGGUUUGUUGGACAGAUGGUUAGACGAGGAGAAGAGGGAACGGUGGAGCCCGAAAAGGCGAAGCAGGUCGUCGAGCAGCUGCUAUCUGGACCCGGCAUUGUCUGA